GCCCCGCACUAGCUCCACCCCCUUCCCGGCUGCGGCGUGAGGUUCUGAACAGUCUGCGGCGGAGGUUGCUCCCCUCGUCCUUCUUGGCCGGUGGUCAUGGGACCGGAGCCGUGCACGCUGCCGCCCUCCCCUAACUGGUACUGCGCCCGAUGCAGUGAUGCCGUGCCCGGGGGCCUCUUCGGCUUCGCAGCGCGGACCUCUGUCUUUCUUGUCCGCGUGGGCCCCGGCGCGGGCGCGAUUCCUGGGACGCCCCCAUUUCGAGUCAUAGGAGAAUUGGUGGGACACAUGGAAAGGGUCUCUGGCUUCACAUUUUCUCAUCAUCCCGGUCAGUACAACCUCUGUGCCACCAGCUCUGACGAUGGGACUGUGAAAAUCUGGGAUGUAGAGACAAAAAAAGUUGUGACAGAACAUGCACUCCAUCAGCACACAAUAUCAGCACUGCAUUGGUCUCCUCAAAUAAAGGAUUUAAUAAUAUCUGGAGAUGAAAAAGGAGUAGUUUUCUGUUACUGGCUUAACAGGAAUGACAGCCAACACCUCUUUAUAGAACCCAGGGCAAUUUUCUGUCUUACUUGCUCACCUCAUCAUGAAGAUAUAGUAGCCAUUGGCUACAAGGAUGGUAUAGUGGUUAUAACUGACAUCAGUAAGAAGGGAGAAAUUAUUCACAGACUUCGAGGCCAUGAUGAUGAGAUCCACUCUAUAGUCUGGUGUCCCCUGCCUAGUGAAGAAUGUUUAUCCAUAAAUCAAGAGGAGAAUUCAGAAGAACCUGAAAUUCCCAAUGGGAAAGUUAUAGCACAAACUCCAGUAACAAAAGGCUGCUACUUAGCUACUGGAAGCAAAGAUCAAACCAUUCGAAUCUGGAGCUGUUCUAGAGGCCGAGGAGUGAUGACUUUGAAAUUGCCCUUUCUGAAGAGAAGAGGAGGGGGUGUAGACCCAACUGUUAAAGAGCGACUUUGGUUGGCACUCCAUUGGCCCAAGGAGCAGCCAACACAGCUGGUAUCUAGCUGUUUUGGAGGUGAACUGCUGUUAUGGGAUCUCACUCAGUCUUGGAGACGGAAAUAUACCCUCUUUAGUGCUUCAUCAGAAGGCCUGAAUCAUUCAAGAAUUGUGUUUAAUUUAUGUCCUUUACAAACUGAGGAUGGCAAGCAGCUACUGCUUUCCACAUCAAUGGACAGAGAUGUAAAAUGUUGGGACAUGGCCACUCUGGAGUGCUGCUGGACCCUGCCUUCCCUUGGUGGCUUUGCCUACAGUCUGGCUUUCUCUCCUGUAGACAUGGGCUGUUUGGCCAUAGGCGUUGGGGAUGGCAUGAUCCGAGUAUGGAAUACACUCUCCAUAAAGAACAACUACGAUGUAAAACAUUUUUGGCAAGGUGUCAAGUCCAAGGUUACAGCACUGUGCUGGCACCCAACCAAAGAAGGCUGCUUAGCUUUUGGAACUGACGAUGGAAAAGUGGGAUUGUAUGACACCUACUCCAACAAACCUCCACAGAUUUCUAGCACAUAUCAUAAUAAGACUGUGUACACUUUAGCCUGGGGGCCACCAAUACCCGCCUUGUCAUUCGGAGGAGAAGGAGACAGACCUUCCCUUACUUUGUACAGCUGUGGAGGGGAAGGGAUUGUCUUACAGCAUAAUCCCUGGAAGCUUAGUGGAGAGGCCUUUGACAUCAAUAAACUCAUCAGGGACACCAAUUCAAUCAAAUACAAAUUGCCUGUACACACGGAGAUCAGCUGGAAAGCAGAUGGCAAAAUCAUGGCUCUUGGCAAUGAAGAUGGAUCAAUAGAAAUAUUUCAGGUUCCCAACUUGAAACUGAUCUGUACCAUCCAGCAGCAUCACAAACUUGUGAAUGCCAUUAGCUGGCAUCACAAGCAUGGCAGCCAGCCAGAGCUGAGCUAUCUGAUGGCGUCUGGGUCCAACAAUGCAGUCAUUUAUGUGCACAACCUGAAGACUGUCAUAGAGAGCAAUCCUGAAUCUCCAGUGACCAUUACAGAGCCCUACCGGACCCUCUCAGGGCACACAGCCAAGAUUACCAGUCUGGCAUGGAGCCCACAUCAUGAUGGAAGGCUGGUAUCUGCUUCCUACGAUGGAACAGCUCAGGUGUGGGAUACUCUCAGGGAAGAACCUCUGUGCAAUUUCCGAGGACACCGAGGUCGACUGCUUUGUGUAGCAUGGUCCCCAUUGGAUCCAGACUGCAUCUACUCAGGGGCAGAUGACUUCUGUGUGUACAAAUGGCUCAUUUCCAUGCAAGAACAUUCCCGGCCUCCCCAAGGCAAGAAAAGUAUUGAAUUAGAGAAAAAAAGACUCUCUCAACCCAAGCCAAAGCUCAAAAAGAAGAAAAGGCCCAUCUCAAGAGUGCCUGUAAAGCAGGAAUUGUAUGGCGGAAAUGAAGAAGAGAGCAUAAGGGAGGGCUCAAGACCUGUUGAGAACGGUGUGUCAGACCAGGAGGGUGAGGAGGAAGCCCGGGAGCCAGAGGUGCCCUGUGGUGUCGUCCCAUUGGUUGCUAACGAGCCAGUUAUCUGCACUCCAGUUUCCUUAGGCUUGGAAAAGGCAAAAGCCACCGUUAAUAACAAAGUCACUUUACUGAAAAAGGACCCACCUAAAGAGAAGACAGAUACCUUAAUCAAGAAGCGAAAAGCCCGCUCCAUGCUUCCACUGAGUACAAGCCUGGACCACAGGUCUAAAGAGGAGCUUCAUCAGGACUGUUUAGUAUUAGCAACUGCAAAACACUCCAAAGCAGAGCUAAAGGAGGAUGUGUCUGCUGAUCUUGAGGAAAGAUUUCAUCUGGGGCUUUUCACAGACAGGGCUGCCCUGUACAGAAUGAUUGAGGUUGAAGGAAAAGGUCACUUGGAAAAUGGCCACCCUGACUUAUUUCACCAGCUCAUGCUUUGGAAAGGAGAUCUAAAAGGUGUUCUCCAGACUGCAGCAGAAAGAGGGGAGCUAACAGACAAUCUUGUGGCUAUGGCACCAGUUGCUGGCUACCAUGUAUGGCUGUGGGCUGUGGAAGCUUUUGCCAAACAGCUGUGUUUUCAAGAUCAGUAUGUCAAGGCUGCCUCUCACCUACUUUCUAUCCACAAAAUAUAUGAAGCUGUGGAGCUGCUCAAGUCAAACAAUUUCUAUAGGGAGGCUAUCGCAAUUGCCAAGGCCCGGCUUCGCCCAGAGGACCCCAUCCUGAAAGACCUGUACCUCAGCUGGGGAGCGAUCCUUGAAAAAGAUGGCCAUUAUGCCCUGGCAGCCAAAUGCUACUUAGGGGCCACGUCCGCUUAUGAUGCAGCCAAAGUUUUGGCCAAAAAGGGGGACGCAACAUCACUUAGGACAGCUGCAGAGUUGGCUCUAAUUGUAGGAGAGAACGACUUGUCUGCUUCCCUGGCUUUCAGAUGUGCCCAAGAACUGCUUCUAGUCAGGAACUGGGUAGGAGCCCAGGAUGCCCUGCAGCUCCACGAAAGUCUAAAGGGUCAGAGAUUGGUGUUUUGCCUUCUGGAGCUGCUGACCAAGCAUCUGGAGGAAAGGCAGCUUUCAGAGGGCAAAAGCUCCUCUUAUAACACGUGGACUGCAGGUGCCAAAGGGCCCUUUGUGGAGAGGGUGACUGCCGUAUGGAAGAGUGCCUUCAGCCUGGAGACCCCAGAGCAGUAUCAGGCAGCAUGCCAGCAGCUGCAAAAAAUCAAGUACCCAUCUGCUACAAGUAACACUCCCUCCAAACAGCUCCUGCUUCACAUUUGUCAUGACCUGACAUUGGCGGUGCUGGGCCAGCUGGUGGCCUCCUGGGACAUGGCUGUGGAAGCACUGCUUCGGGCUGUGGUCCGGAGCUAUGACGCAGGAAACUUCACCAUCAUGCAGGAAGUGUACUCAGCCUUUCUUCCUGAGGGCUGUGACCACCUAAAAGACAAGCUGGGUGCCCAGUGCCCCACUAUACCAGCUUUCAAAAGUUUGGAGGCCUUUUUUAUUUAUGGACAUCUGUAUGAAUUCUGGUGGUCUCUCUCUAGGCCUUGCCCCAAAUCCAGUGUCUGGGUAAAGGCUACUCACGGAAAGACGACCUCUAUUGAGCAAAGCCAGCAGUUAGACAAUGCCAGCCCUGAAGAAAAUGACACCAAAGCUUCUCAGCCAGAGCCAAAUAGGCCUGUAGAACUACACAUGAGACUCACCGAAGAAAGUGAGCGAAUACUGAAUGCUUGUAAGGAGCUCUUUUCAGAAAAGCAUGCUAGUCUCCAAAACUCACAGAGAACCGUUGCUGAAGUCCAAGAGACCUUGGCAGAAAUGAUCCACCAACACCAGAGGAGUCAACUGUGUAAAUCCACAGCUAACAGUCCGGAUAAGAAUGAGCCUGAACAGGAAGCCGAACAGUCCCUCUCUAGUCCUCAGAGCCAGUGCAAAGAAGAGAAAAAUGAGACAGUGUCUCUGCCUGAAUUAACCAAAAGGCUUACAGAGGCGAAUGAGAGAAUAGCUAAGUUUCCUGAGAGUAUUAAGAACUGGCCCUUCCCAGAUGUGUUGGAAUGCUGCCUCGUUCUGUUCCACAUCAGGUCCCAGCAUCCUGGCUUCAUGACCCAGGAGAUGCAGCAACAGGCCCAAGAGCUUCUUCAGAAAUACAGCAACACAAAAGUUUACAGAAGACACUUCCAGACCUUCUUCACAUGAACUUCAAAGGGCCUUGAAGAAAUUAUGCCAAAUUCAAAACGUUUGACACCUUUCACUUCUGCAGUUACACCUCACCAGAUAAUUUUUGAUCCCAAGAUAUCUUUGCAGUAAUACAAAUGAGGGUCAAGUUUGAAUCAGCUCCACCCUUAAACACAAUGGAAUCUGACUUUGGACUCAGUUUUCCUACUAGAGGAAAGAUCGUGAAAAACCAGCAGUAGUUAUUUAGAACAAAUACCUGCAGAGUGAUUGUUGGUCCAUCUCUAAAGCCUUACACAGGUUUCACCCAAAGAGGAGAAACUGUUAAUCACCCAAAGUAUUAUGUUCUUAAACACAAGCUACCUUUAUAAAUGCUUCAUCUGAUCAUUAAUGUGUCAUUUUUGUUCAAAAUAGAACUGCUGCAUUUUCUAUUGGUAUCAUUUUUUAAAUUCUGUGUUAACUAGGGCUCUCCCCUUCUAGUCUUUCAAAGACUUAAGUUUGUGAAAUAGGCCUUACCCGUCAUGUUGACUCUACCGUCUGGUCAAAAAUCUGGUUUUAUUGUUUCAUGUAAUUGCUUAUUUGAACAAGUUACUUACUAAAGCUUUAGAAGAACAACUAACUCAAAUGUGUCUUAUCUCUUCAGUAUUAGAAGAAAUUAUUGUGAUCAGAUAGCUCAGAAAUAAAUCACUAUUUCAGUGGUUCUUGAUCUUGGAUCACAGGGCCCUUUGAGAAUCACAUUACAACCACAGAUGAUCUUUGAAGAAAAAGACAUAUUCCUAAUUUUGCAUAUGUAAUUUCUGGAUCAGUGGACUCCCAACUUUUAACAUGAUGGGACCCUACAUACUGUUUAAUUAUAAAUCCUUGUUGUUUUUGUUUUCAUUAAUGAGCAUUCUCUUGAGGUCUGUUCUCUUUGAACAAUGUCAAAAACAGAUGUUUUUGUAAUAUCCCAGAUGCUAGGACAUAAAAAUCAGACAGUCUGUGGUGGGAUUGGAAGGGAGCACUCUUCCCCAAUAACUGUUUUCUUAUUGUGAAGGCUUUUGUGCUUGUGUCCUGUGUAUUUUUAAGCUACUUCCUAGGGUUGGGGUGGUUGUGGGCAACAAUGAAGUUCAUUGACAGGAACUAUCUCUAGGAAGGAAAAUGUUUUAAGAGGCAAUUUUCAAAACACUCUAACUGGAGUUUUUUGUUUUAUUUUGUUUAUACCUAGCUUUAGGACCUAAAAAUCUUAGCUCAAAAAAGCACUUAUUGUAGAAUUUAGGUCCUCAUAAUUUACAGUCAGUUAAGUGAACUUCAGUAAGAUACACUGUUCCUACGGAUUGGAGAAUUUUCUUGGUUGCAAAGCUAGAAAUAGGUAUGGCUAAGUGGAGAACUAGAUACUAGUUGUACAGUCUUUGCUAAAAUGAACAAAUGCUUCCCUGCAGAGAUGGAAAAAUAUUUAUUCCCUUCACUUGAGUGCAGAGCAGUAUUAUUAAACUAGAAAUUCUGAACUCCUGUGUGAUCUACUGAAACCAUCACCUGUGGGUGGAGGAAUCCUGCAAACUCAGUUACUGCUUUCAUCAGAACAAGAAUUACUACUUGACAACUAAGAAAACUACCCAACAGCAGAAGAUAACAGAAAUGACAUGACCCCAUUUCUUCUCAAACUCCUGUCCUCUUUCCAAUACUAAAUAUACUGAAGCUGUUCUAAUCUGAAUAAAUGGUUUUCAUUUC